UGACUCUUUCUGCCGUUGCGUCCACCAACUCGCAUGAGUUUUUUUCUUUCAGUCUAGUUUUUGGUCGGUCGUCUCUCAUGACGAUGGUUCGCUUGGUCCGGGCCUUUUAUGUCAUCUUGUUCUGCGCCAAUCGGCCCCGGAGACCUUUGGAUUCAGUGAUCAGUGCGAGAUGUUGAGGACGUGAAUCAAGCCAGCAGCAAGAGCAAUGUUUCAUCUAUUGUGCUUAUUCGCUACUGCGUAGAAGAGCAUUGCUGAAUGCCCAACGCCAAGGGAGUGAUAUAGGCCAGCAGUGCGUCGUUUUCCCAUUGAUUGAUUCGCAUAUCAGCAAAGGUCACGCACGGCACAGCAACAUGUUGCGCUUUACGACACUCGUCUGGCUGGUCGCUAUCUUCGCGUGCGGAUUCAUUGUCUGUGUCGCUGGGCAGAUGAGGCCGUCGCUGAACGCCCGCAUCGUGAGAACGAAACAAGGUUCCGUCAAAGGCGUGCUAGUGAUUCCCUCGAAUCGAGAACUGCAGCCCGUCGAGGCCUUUCUCGGCCUUCCGUACGCCUCGCCGCCAGUCGGCCCGCUACGCUUCAUGUCGCCCGUGUCACCGCUGCCGUGGAACGGCGUCCGUCUCAUGGAUAAAUACGCUCCGGCGUGCCCUCAGACUUUGCCAGAUGUCAGCAACGAACGCGAAGCCUUGCGUUUCGUCACUCGGGGCCGAUUGCAGUACCUCCGCCGAUUGCUGCCGUACCUUCGCAAUCAGAGCGAGGAUUGCCUCUAUUUGAAUAUCUACGCUCCCGUCACGGGUACGACUGUUGGUGGAAAAGACGUAAACAUCAAAUUUCCGGUGAUAGUGUUCAUUCAUGGAGAGUCAUACGAAUGGAACUCUGGAAACCCUUAUGAUGGUUCUAUUCUUGCCAGCUACGGAGAUGUCGUUGUUGUAACAAUAAAUUUCCGGCUUGGAGUCCUCGGUUUUUUGAGACCGGAUCUACGAGAGAAUCGAGUAGCGAAUUUCGGUCUUCUCGACCAGAUAGCGGCACUGCAGUGGAUUCAGGAAAAUAUCGCCCAGUUUGGCGGGGAUCGUGAUUCAGUUACUCUGCUUGGACAUGGUACCGGUGCGGCCUGUGUGAAUCUCCUACUCAUUUCUCCGGUGGCUCAAUCAUCUAGUGGUUUAUUCCACCGUGCCAUACUGAUGAGUGGCACGGCUCUUGCCGAUUGGGCCGUAGCCGAGAACCCGCUGCGCUACACGUUGCAAGCAGCUCAGCAAGUGGACUGCCCUCUGGCCGAGAGGGACGACGAAUUGGCGGCCUGUCUCCGCUUCAAACGGGUGACGGAACUCAUGAGCGUCAGAUUACAGGCACCACUCUAUGCCAGUCCGUUGGCGCCUCUUGUUGAUGGAAUUGUUGUUCCGAAUGAGCCACGUCAAUCAAUGAAGACAUACAACGAACUUUUCGGAAGGUAUGACGUAAUGUACGGCGUAACGCAAUCGGAGAGCUUUCACCUACUGAACGCAGCCACGCUUCAAUUUGGUCUGACAGAGACUGAGAGAAACCGUAUCAUUCGAACCUACGUGCGCAACUCCUACGCUUCCAAUAUCGACCAAGUGACGGCAGCCAUUCUCAACGAGUAUACGGAUUGGAAGAAUCCGGUCCGCGACACGGAGGAAUAUCGCGAUUCGAUUUUGGAGAUUUUGAGCGACGCCCGGGUGGUCGCUCCCGUUAUUCAGAUGGCUGAUCUCCAUUCGUCCAUUCGCCAGCGCUCUUACUUUUAUGUCUUCGCCCAUCAAACGACUAACGGUGACUAUCCCCAGAACUGGGGAAGUAUUCACGGCGAAGAACUGGCGUACGUGUUCGGUAUGCCGCUGGUAGGCGGGACCAACCAUCUUUCGUCCAACUAUACUCGGGCCGAAAUGCUCCUCUCCGAAAUCGUAAUCACCUAUUGGGCCAAUUUCGCCCGCACCGGAAACCCCAACUUCCCGCCACGGCAAAAGUUUCUGACCGUCGCCAACAGUCGGGAUCGAUUCGAGCCCUCUUACGUUCAGUGGCCGGCCUACGACCGACACUCGCAAAAGUUCCUCAACAUCGACUUACGCCCCAAAGUUAAGGAUCACUACCGCGCUGACAAGAUGGCCCUGUGGUCCAAAUUAAUUCCAGAGCUCAUGUCCAACGGCAACGGCAAAGUGUUCACGGUCGGCAACGAAGACGACGACGACGACGACGACGGAGAGGUGCUGGUGACUGGUGGUGGCGAAGCGUCUUCAGUUGCGGAACCCGAUUCCAGCAGCCACAGCCCACCGGCAGUGAUGGGCGCCCAACCGGAAGUUUACCAGCAACCCUCACUUGGAGGGUUUGAAGUCUUACCAAUCGGCCCGAUGUCGAAAGGAGCCAGUGGCAACUCUUCGAGAUCCGACGACGGCCAAGACCUAGUCCCGCAGACUGGUGGCAUCGCCCUCAGCAUCGUCAUCGUCAUCGGCAUCUGUUUCCUAGUUCUGAACGUGUGUGCCUGCGCUGGAGUCUUUUACCAACGAGACCGCGUCCGCUUCAAAGAAAUGCUGAUCCAGCGACAGUACAAACUCAAAUCGGCCAACCAUGACGGAGAAGGCCCGACUUCCGGUGCUCAAGCGGCCGCCGCUGGCGCCAGAGAGACCCUGUUGGCUUUGCACAGAGUGGAAGAAGAUUUUCCGGAAUUGGACGGAAGUGCCAACGGGAUGCAGAGCGGCUUGCCGCAUCAGGCCAGCACCAGCACGAUGGAUCCGCACACCAAAGUCAGCCAGUGGAUGGCGCAGGAGAUCACCAUCGAACGAUGCCCGACGCCGCCCAUCAAUAACCGACUGACUAAGCCGACGGCACAGGACAAAUUAGGCGGAUCCGAUCGCUACGAUUCGCGUGGAUAUGACAUGGAAGAUCCGACAUCGGCCUUGUUCCCGUUGCUGACCAAAUCGUCCAAUCACCAAGACAUCUAUGGCCUAUUGCCAGUCAAGGAAGAGAAUAGCGCUGACGCGAAACAACCGAUAACGUCCGGACAAUCUCCGGAUUUCAUCAACCAAGUCCACAACAAUGGCACGUUUCUCAAGUUCGGCGAUUUGGGACAUGUCGGCGAGAGCAGUCCUCCGUUUGCGGACUCGGCAAGUUCGGCUCAGACCAUGAGCCGGUCGUCAACCGGUCGCCGGAAGGCGCGCAGUAAGAGCCAGUUGGGCUCGCAGCGAUCGAUCACAACGAAACGAGACGUCGCUGUUGGAGGAGACGGCGACGACGACGAAGGCAACUACCGAGUUGCUCCUGACAACGGCGAGGACGACCGACGUCGAGCUUCAGCUCUUUACGGAUACGGCGCCAUGGAUACGACGAUCCGUCGACUCAAUUUGCCCAAAGUCUUACCCGAUUUACCUCACCAAGACGUGCCAGCAGAAGCGACAGCGCCAUCAGGCGUAGACUUGACAGGCCCGAAAACGAGUUCGUCAAACUUCGUCCCGUCCGAUCAGCACUCGCCGAUCUACACAAUACCUUACGCUGGACUGACAACAGGCGUCGAGUCCGGGGAACGAUCCACGCCGAUAAGCAGAAAUGAACGUCAUCCACGUCAAACCAUGGAGUCUCCACCCGCAUCAACAGUUCCGCUCUCAACAGAUACAAAAAAACAAUUGAGCAAGUCGCGCCGAAAAUAUACUGCUGCUGGUGGUGGUCCUGCGACGAGCGGCGGCAGCAGUGAAGCCGUAUUAUUAUCCAGUCCCACCUCUACUAUCGUCAAGACAAACUUGCCGCAAACGGUUGUCGUUGCGCCUCACCCUCGGGCCAACAGAGUGGCGGCCUCAUCUCCCACUGCGGGUCUACUACAUCAGCAACAACAGCCGGAGCCGUGUUUGGUGAUCCGUCCUGGACCACGCCAAACUUGUCAAUCUACUUCUGCUGCAUCAACUGCUGGCUGUCCUGCUGGAGUCAGCGGCUACGACUCUGCUACCAACGAUAACGAGUCCUACCCUUCGGCGACGGCUGAUGUCAUCCUUCGUCGACCGAGGCAACAAGACGCCAGUACGAAUAAUCCUACCAGGCCAGCGAAUCGUAAUUCGAGAUCGUGGUAUGCCCAGUACAGCCAAUCAUUUAUUUCACAGUCCAUCGAUCAGGAAAGCGACAAGAACGACAAUUGAGAUUCAUUCGCAAUCUCGAUUUUCCCUUUGAUUUUUUUCACCUUGUCUUUUGAUUUGAAAGUUGGAUGCUUCUGAUCUAUAAUAAUAACCUCCAAUAAGCCUUUGACUGCACCCGCUACCUCGCGAAUUGUCGCCACACGUCCUUAUUAUUACCCGUCUCCGUCUUUUGUCUCUUUGUUUACUGCUGGUGACUCUUUUGUUGUCGAUUAGAAUUCAUUUUCUUCUAUCCAUCAAAGGGGAAACAAAAAUCGUUUUUCACCUUAUUCGAGUCGAAAACCAACCAUGUUGUCGUUUUGCCAUCCAAUUCAUCAUCCAACUUUUGACUUUUUCGUUUUUCUAUACCCAUCGCACAAAAGCCAUGAAAACCAUCUCGUCAAGAGUCAUCAGUCAGCACUCACUCAACUCGGUGUAUAAUAAUAACCAAAUAUUUACCGUAGUGACACACUGUAUACACAUUAUAUAUAUUCUCCAUUCCGGAGCGAUCCCCGCCAUCGGCAGCAGCACCGACUCUUUUAUUUGGACUAUAUACUUCGUAUACUUCCCUGUUUGUUUUUUUAAUUUUCCCUUGAAACUUUAUUUGAUGAUAAAUUUUGCAGUGGCAAUCGUCGUUUGGACUAAAUUGAUCGCGUUAAGAGUAUUGCUGAUACAGUCGGUGGUACCGCGCCAUCAAUUUCAAAUAUUUCCCUCCGAUCACGAUGGUUCCCUCUGUUUAGAAAAGAGCUGCAAUGUUGCAUGAUCAUAGUCAAAAUUUUUAUAGCCUUUUUCAAUUUAUAUUGACGACGCUGUUUAUGGAGAACAAUUAAUGUUUCACCGUGCAGAAUUUGUAAAAAAAAAAUUUGGAAUAAGUGAAAUGAAUGAAAAGCAAACCCAAGUGACUCGCCAGGUCAUAUAAUAAUAAUACAACACAUUCUCAUCUUUGAUAAA